UCCCUCCCGUGAGAGGCUGCCUAACCAGGAUGGGAAUCCUAACUUCCUUCGUCCAGAUGGCCCUGGCGCUAGUCUCAACCAUCCCGUAUUUUAUAUGGAUCAUAGCGGUUCUGGGGGUCGCCGCAGCUUUUCUCUUCCGCCGCGGCGCCGAAACACACCAUAUCCGCUCCCCGGAAGCGGGGACUACCGAGAAGUCAAGGUCGCAGGUGCCCGACGACCCAGACACGCCCGUCUCCGUGAACUACCUCCUGUUCCGCGAAUGCAACUACGCCUGCGGGUUCUGCUUCCACACCAACACCUCGGGCUACAUCCUCCUCUUGGACGACGCCAAGCGCGGCCUGCGCCUCCUCAAGGAGGCCGGUAUGCGCAAGCUAAACAUCGCCGGCGGAGAGCCGUUCCUGCACCCCAAGUUCCUAGGCGAGCUGCUAGGGUAUUGCAAAGAAGUCCUGGGCCUGGAGAGUGUCAGCAUCGUCAGCAACGGGAGCAAGAUCCAGGAGAAGUUCCUCCGCGAGCACGGCCGGCACCUGGACAUCCUGGCCAUCUCGUGCGACUCAUUUGCCCGAGAGACGAACCGGGCGAUCGGGCGCGGGGAGAACGGCCAGGCUGACGGGGACCACGUGGCGCAGGUGUUUCGCAUCGCCGGGUGAUGCA